GGGCAGAUUCUAAUUUUGUUGUCACCCCGCGGCAGACGAAUGUUGAUGAAUGAAGAGACUUGCUAGCAGUUAGCCAGCGAUAACAUCAUUACAGUAGUUACUGGCAUCAGUAUGAUUGAACAAUGAACCGGCGGAUAAUUUAGACAUUCAAGCGCUGUGCAGAUGACUCACCUUGGAGGUUUCACCUGCUUGGCAUCUCCGUUGACCGCGAUAGCCUUGCUAAUAACAAACGUUAGCUAACAUACAGGAGAGGCACUGAAGGUCCAUGCAGGAUUUACAACUGUUUGAAUUAACGGGAUAUCGACCAGCUGAGAAGGGUAAAUGUAUUAAAUAAGAAUUAAUUAAAAACGAGAGGGAACUGGAUUAGCUAUUUCAUUUUGAAGUUUGGUCUAAAACUGCAUUUACGAUCAUAGCUGAAUGUUGAGUUAGCUAGCGUGACUCCUGUUCAAUAAAUCAUCUUGUCAACAUGAUGUUUAAAAUGACAAGGAGAAGAUUGUAUGAAAUGCUUUCAGACUAGGGGCAUAUCUGCUUGUUAUUAUUGCUUCAACUGAACUGAAACUAUUGUAAUGUUUGCAGCCGUGCAUAGAUUAUAAUGUGGCGUAAAACUAAGUUAUGGUUAAACACACCGUAACACCGCGUUAGACAACCCCUCGAGAGAUGAAUGUUGCCGACCGCUUGCUUCUCUGGUUAUACCAACUUCAGUAACAACUACAGAAUAGCAAUACACAGCGGUUUAAGGGGCCAUAAACAAAACGCAACCAAAAGCCACUCUAUAGCCACAAAUAAUGCUCAGAGCAGCACCAAACUUCAUCAACAGUACAUAUAGGGUCCUAGCCACAGAACUAGCCACCAAACAUCUUUUUAACUUUGCCUAAUUUCUUAAGCAAAGAGACUAAACACUCACCUACUCUCUUUCGUUUGUAGCGAGACCUGGGGCUAGUCCAUUUUGGACUGCUGCAGGGUGACUCAGCUCAAAGAAGAACAUUUAUGAUCAUUUUUUGAAGUAAUAAUUAUCAUAUUAAUCAUUUUGCACUGCAGACGCGGUAGUCGUUUCGGUCUGAUUGCAUUUCCAUGAAAAAAUGAUCAUAAAUGUUCUUCCUUGAGCUGCAUCACCCCGCUGUAGUCGAUGACGGAUGAGGUCUAGCUAUAAACAACCGGCUGCUGGAAGAGAGUGGGUGAGUUGUGUUUAGUCUAUUUUAGACAAAGUUAAAAAGAUGUUUGUUGGCUAGUGCUGUGGCUAGGACUUUAUACUGUUGAUGAAGUUAGGUGCUGUUCUGAGUAUUAUUUGUGGGUAAAGAGUGGCUUUUUGGUUGAGGUUUGUUUAUGGUUCCUGAGACAGCUGUGUAUUGCUAUCGUGCGGUCGUUGCUAAAGUUUGUAUAACCAGAGAAGCAAGCGGUCAGCAACAUUCAUCUCUCAAGAAGGUAUCUAACUCAGUGUUAUGGUGUGUUUGACCCUAAAUUAAUUUUACGACGGAAUAUCCCUUUAAAACACAAAAACAGGGAGUUUAACCUUAUUUUGUUUGACUCAUGCAGGCUGAGGCAGCAGUGUAGCCAUGUACCCAACCUCUAACAACCCAAUAACGUCAAGCUUCAACAACAGCAGCAUCACAGAGCUCCUGGGUGUCCUGUGUGACCGCAGCCUGACCGGGGUGUCAUGGAAACGCCGUGCCCUGGGAGGAGUCUCGAGAGAGAGUUUCCGCAGGGCUCUCAAAAAGUGUGCCUACGGUGCCCUGUUGUCCAAGUUGUUUCAGGAUGGCACCAAAGGGUCCGCCACAGGACUGAGUGCCACAGCUACUACACCACCUAGAAACAAAGUCCUGAUGAUAUGCUUUGACCUGCGAGUGGCCGGAUGCCGAGAGGAGGCAGAGAGGUUGGAGGAGCAGUUGGAGAGGCUGCCAGAGGGAGCAUCCUCUGGCCUGAGGGAAGUAGACGCAGUCCUGGAGCUCCUGGUGCACCUAGCUGGAUCAGCACCUCCUCCUCCUACCUCUUUCAGCGAGGAUUAUAUGAGACGAGAGAGGCCAGUGCUGCGGAGGCCUCAACCCUGGAGCUACCAGAGUGAGGAGCUGCAGAGGCUGGAGGCCCGUGCAUGGGGUCUUGUGUGUCAGGAGGAGUGGGGGACUCUGGACAGUUUGUGUGGAACUCAAAGACUGAUGGAUGCCCCUCCAGGCAUAGGUCUGCUAGCUCUGAGGACUAAAGUAGAAGCAGAAGAAAGAUUUGAGAGGGAGACGAGGCUUACGUUGUUUGGAGCACUGCAGCACACAAGAACAUCAGACAUGGACAUAAGACUGGAUUUGCCUCCUGUUCCAAGCAACAUUGAUGUGACUGGUCUGGCUAUAAGAGUAAGACGUGUUCAUGUCUUGAAUCAAAUCUUAUAUUAUUUAUACAGAUGUUUACAGGAGUCUUUGAUUUGGUGUUAAGCCCCAAACUAACCCAAAUGUGUCAUCUGGGUAAAAAUUUGACUGUGCAGGUCCCGUCCUCUUUGGAUCAAUCUGAAGAUGAGGGCUUCCAGUCAGCUUCCAACCUGACCCCAGACUCUCAGUCAGAACCCAGCCCUGUUCCAGACUUUGAUAUUUGGGAGGCGCUUCGCACAUUUGAACCUGGGAGAAGACGCUGCUGGGAGUCUGUCGGCUGGUAACUCAUCACUCUGUCCUCUGAAAGUUUGAUCAUGGAGCUUGGUAGAGCCCGAUACAUGACAAUGAACUAAAAUGGUGUUAAAUUUGCCAAUUAUGCGUUCAUAUAGACCUUUCUCUAAGUGUCUGAUCACUCAAAAGGCUUUUCACACCACAUUUGUACACUGGUGCUAGAGACUGCUAUGUAAAGUCUUUAUCAGUAUUAACUAAUCCCAUUCACAUAUCACUGGGCGCAGCCAUUGGGGACAAUAACAUAUCUUGAGGAUACUUUCCUGGGACCUGGGAGCUUAGGUGACAAUUUCAUUUUAUCUGGUUUGUCAACUCAACUGUUCAAAACCUAAAGAUACGAAGAUAUUUGAAAUCUGUUGGCAAAACCAAGAAAAACUUACAGUCUCUUUCUAGCUUAAUCUAAAUAAGGUUAAGCCUUUUUAGUUUUGAAUGACUUGAGUUAAUCAACUGAAAAACUUUUAAGAGCAAAACUGUCUGGAUUCACAAGUUAACAGGUUAUCAAAGUGCACAGAUGACCCUUAAACUGGACAACACAUUGGAGAGAUCUCCUUUCAAAUCUACUUCUCACUCUUUUUUUUUUCGUAGCCCACCCGGGAAAAGAGAGGACCUCUAUCUCACAGAGGGAGGCAGAGAGGCCUUUGACAAACUGUACCGUCUGUGGGAGGGUGAGUUGAGGGUGGUCAGCACUGGCACUCCCUCUCCUCUCCUCCCCCUGCCUCUGGACUCACAGACACAGCUGGUAUCUGACCUCCUCAACGUCUUGAUUGGAGUGGCAUCCACAACCUUCCCUCUGAAUCAGGUGCAUUUCAUGACCUUUUUAUUUUUUUAAUCAGUCUCUUAAAAACACAGACAACACUGAGUUGUUGUUUUAGGAGUCUGGCAGGGUUACAAAAACAACAAGUAACAUUUUCAAGUACAUGCUAAAAUGCAUUUAAUUAGAAACAAGUAAAUAAGCUUUUUCAAAUAAUAAGCUGAAACAAAACAACAUGAGAACAUUUCUCCAAUCUCCAAUUAGGUUUUCUUUUUUAUCACAUGUGUAGAGCUAUUUACAACAUCAUCUUUUGUUUACUCAGACACCCUAUUUUGGUCUUGUAUCUGCAGUCUGGUUCAAGAAGUGGAAGAAUACAGUGUACGCCUGUGCAGUCUAUUACAGCAGACCUGCACUAGAGUCUAAGUCUGUAAUGUUUAAAGUUUUGUUGAGACCGUCAGUGAGCUGUUUAUUAAACCCAAAAGUCAUCUUUCAGUCUGCGUUUAGUGUCAGUGCGCUUAUUGUCUGUGUUAUUUUGACCCCCAGUGGACUCCUGUCUAGGAACUAUGUAGCCAUUUCUCAUAAACCAACCAAGAAAUGGACUGUAUAUAACAAACAUCUGAUUAUGUCCUGCAGUUUGAUAUAAUAACAACACACACACAUACACACACACUGUGCUUCAAGAAAUCACCAUGGAGGUGACUGUCUGACGUCCUCGACAACAAUUCAAUAUUAUAAGCUUUACUUUGCUGUAGGGCUACUUUAUUGGAUGUUAUUAGACUGUUUCUUUGUAUUGUCUUCACCACCUGUAAAUAUGUAAUCUCCUCUCCAGAGUGUUCAGUUUGAUGUCAGACCCGGCGUGUGUGUGUCUGGAGCCUCUGCAGAGAGCGUGUCUCGUCUCUUAGGAGAGCUCGCGCAAUACGGCACCUACUACCUGAGGCUUAGCCGCUUUUCUCUGCAGAGUGCUGAUAAGAGAGGCCUUGUUUUUCAGGUAUUGUAUUUUUUGUCUUGGGGUAACUGUUACAGUUAAGGCUACAUAUUGUUAACCUGUCUUUUACUGUCUUUGUUGCUAUCGUUGUGGUCCUCAGAUCAAAUUUAAAGGUGCUUUAUUCUUACGUCAGGGGGUAAUCAACACAAAUAGAUAUAAUUUGUUCACACGUGCACACAUACAAUGACAGAAAAUACACAUACAAUAUAUAUUUAUAGAUCAAUUGUAAUGGAAACCUUGUAACUUCCCAGCAACAAAACACUGCAAAGACACAUUAAAGGGAUAUUCCGGCGUAAAUUUAAAGUAGGGUCAAACACACUGCAAUACCAAGUUAGACACCCCCUCAAGAGAUGAAUGUUGCCGACCCCUUGCUUCUCUAGUUAUACCAACUUUAGUAACAACUGCAGGAUAGCAAUACACAGAGGUCUACGUCUCCACACGCAAACCUGAACCAAAACACCACUCUAUAGCCACAAAUAAUGCUCAGAACAGCACCAAACUUCAUCAACAGUACAUAUAGGGUCCCAGCUUUGCUUGAUUUCUUUAGCAAAGAAACUAAAUACAACUCACCUACUCUCCUCCAGCAGCUGCUUGUUUGUGGGGAGAGCCCUGACGAGUCGAUCACUGAGUGCCGCGGAUCAUUUCCAUGACGUAAUAAUCAUCAUAUUAAUCAUUUUGCUCUGCAGACGCGGUAGGUCUUCUGCCUUAGUGUCUCAGUCUGAUUGUAUUUCCAUGAAGUAAUGAUCAUAAAUGUUCUUCCUUGAGCUGCGAAACCCCGCGAUGCUCUGUGAUCGACUUGUCAGGGCUCCCCUCUGCACUUUUUGGUUGAGGUUUGCAUGUGGAGAUGUAGACUGCUGUGUAUUGCUAUCGUGCGGUCGUUGCUGAAGUUGGUAUAACUAAAGAAGCAAACAGUCGGCAAUAUCUCUCUAGGGGGUGUCUAACUCUGUGUUACGGUGUGUUUGACCCUAACUUAAUUUUACGCCGGAAUAUCCCUUUGAGUCACUAAAUCUGUUUAUGUCAUAUGUAUUUAGUAUUAGAUCAACAAUUAAACUUCAAUCUUACAUCAGUAAAACGAAACCAAUCACAAGAUCUUAACACUUGGUUACUCUUCUCUUUAAGGCUUUUACAGGUGGUUUGCGGAAAUACCUGCAGUACUACAGGGCCUGUGUCCUCAGUACUCCACCCACACUCAGCUUGCUUACUAUCGGCUUCCUUUUCCGCAAAGUGGGCCGUCAGCUAAGGUGUGGUUAGACCCUUUUUUUUAAAAAUUCUGCUAAUUUGUAGCCUUUGAACCAUAGCAUCGUCCAGCCAACAGUACAUUCACGUCCUACGAGUAAGGACCUUGAUGCAAAUGUUAUCAGAUCAAAAAAAAAAUCAGCUUUCUUUUAAUCUAAGGUAUCUGUCAGAGCUGUGCUGUGUAGACGGGCCCUUGGGUGCAGGCCAGGCUACAUUUCCCGUGGUGAGCGCUCUUUUUAUCUGCAAACUGCAAUAUGUCGUCCAUCAUGGCUGUGUUUAGCCUAUCAGAUGGGAUGUCAGCUCAGUGCCAUGUUGCUCUCCUCAGGGUGUGAAACUUCUGUCCUACCUGUAUGAUGAAGCACAGAAUAACUGCAGCAACGAGAACUACCCAGUUCUGCUGUCGCUGCUGAAAAGCAGCUGUGAACCUUAUACACGGUCAGUCACCGAGCUGCAUAACAAAACCAAACAAGACAACCCAAGGAUUUGACUUCAUUGAUAUGCAAAACUCGCUCUGUUUGUUUUUUUUUCAAGGGUUUUUACGGCACAUGUUUGAUUGUUUUUAUUGUGUGCCAUUUAGAUUUGUGUCCGACUGGGUGUACAGCGGCGUGUUUCGAGAUGUUUAUGGAGAAUUCAUGAUCCAGGUCAAUGAGGAGUUCUUGGGCUGCAGAGGUGAGACCACAUGCACUCUCACACAAUGUUGAAUAAACACUUUGGCUGCUGUCAGCAGGAUUGGAAAAUGGAAAGCCUGCCAGACAGAUUGUUGAGCAGAAAAAAAACAAUAUUUCAUUACAGCCUUUAUUGCCUAGUUGGAUUUGUCCUUGUUCCUGUAAAGGGUGUCAUGAAGUUAUUGGAUGAUAAUCAGCGCCAAACAGAAUCAGCUGUCACAGCUGUGGGGACCAGAACCACACUGCUCUGAAAACCACGGGGACUAAACAAACAGUUCUUUGUUCUUUUGAGUUUUUACACCACGCUGGCAAAAACAAAAAAAUUCUGAUUUUGUUUUUUCUUUCAUUUUAUUUCUUUUAAUUGCCUGUGACAAAUUUAGUCAACUGAAUAUUUUUUUCAGUCCAAUUAAUGACUUUGCUCUUUGAGGAGAGCAGACGAGUAAUAGUAGAGACAGGGGGAGGUGAUGAUCCCUGUGGGGAGGAUAAUACGGACCUGUCUGCGCUCCUCAGGAGUGAGCUAUGCAAUUAGGACUCCAACCAAAAACCCUCAUUAUUUUCAAUAUAAACAAACAUUCAGCCAACAUUUUCUUGGUUUUUGGAUUAAUGAUUUGGUCUUGGAAAAAAAAGGGUUGAGUAUGACAUAAUCAAAAGUCAGAGCUGAGCUGAUCAUGUCUUUUCACUUAACAAACAAAUCCAAAAACCUUGAUUUCAAAUUUUUAUGACAAGCAAGACAAAGUGUGAAUUCUGUCAUCAUUCAGUUCUUACUCCAACAAAAUCUUUAACAUUGACUUGGUUGUCAAAACCAUUGCAGAUAGUUGCAUCUCUCCUAACAGUGACUGAAUUAUAUAUAAACUAGGGCUGGUGGAUAAACUGAAAAUUUACAGAUACCAAAAUCUACAACAGUAACCGACGUCAUUUUGCCCAUAUCAGUAUAUUCGGUGUCAAAAAAAUUAAAUCAAUAAAAGUUGGUUUUGGAUGUGUGUAGGUAGGCUAUGGUUUCAUGUCCACAACUCCACUCCAUCCAGUCCGUAACAAAGAGGGAAAGACAGGUGAGGAGAUGGAGGACGGUUCAAAAGUUGUAGCAGCUGGAGUGGCAGCUGAAGUAGACGAAGUUAAUGUGAGAGGGGGUGAGCAGCUUGUGGAGUAGUUAUCGUCCAUUUAUCAUCAUCGAGGUGAACUGCUCAAUAUAUCGUGAUAUUGACUUGAGGCCAUAUUGCCCAGCCCUUGUAUAAACUGUCAGAACUUAAGUAACACACGUUUUUAGGAUUGAGUAUUUUACAUCUACAUAGAUAAAGAAAACAAGAUAGGAAAAAGUAGAACUAGGAUUUACAGUUAAUUGGUAAGACAGUUAACAAGAUAAAACUUGACAGCCCAACAGUUGUUUUGUGUUUGACCCUUGUUAAAUUACCUAAUCGGCCAGGUUAGUAAUCUUUCCAAGUAGUAAUACCACGGAUGAGAAUUUGUUGGGAUUGUUUUGGUUCUGUGUUAUUGGACUGACAGACAGAUUUGCACAUAAUUGUUUCUGCUCUGGUGAGUGAAAUGCCCAUGUUUUAGUGUUUCCAACUGUUUCAUAGACCAAGCAAUAAAAUGAGAAACUAAUAGGCAGAUUAAUUGGUAAUCGAAUUAAUCAUUAGUCGUAGCUUUAUGAAGGGAAAUGUUGAGAAGUGAUUAAUAAUCCAGAAUACAUUUUUCUCACCGAACAAGCACACCCCGCCGCUGCUUCAUUUUGACAGUCCUCCAUAAAUACGGGUUUAAAACAAUCAUUACAGUCUAUCCAAAUAUUAUAUGUCAUGCAACACUCCAUUCAAGGUCAGACUAUCACCUCGGCUUUGUCUGGCUGAGAGGUUCAUUUGCUCAUCGGCUACACCUCAUCAACUCCCGCAGUGAACCUCUGCACUCCCCGCUCCUGAUUUUUUGGAGGACACACAAAUGUCAUUGUUCUCCUCGAAGUCCGUCGGCCGGGGAAGCAAUCAGCAGCUAAGCUUUCUUGGCAAGCCGCAGGCUUUUUGUAAAGAGCUGCCGAAGCUCAGUGCAUUCAUGUUCUCUUAUGCUUUUUUGCUUAGGAUCACUGAGCUAAGCGCGAACAAUUUCCAAGUGUUAAUUCAAGCGGCCAGAGUUUUGCCAUGCCCCGUAAGUCAUACUAAUAAGGAAAAGUUUGAGGCCAAGUGCGGCUAAGUAUUACUCUAUCAUGGUCAUGGCUGUUGUGAGUGAUAAAACUGUUAACAGAGGCAUGGAUGUACGACUACUUCAUCUGAAUGUAGAUCAGCGUGUAACAGACAUAUUUGGAUUUCUGCAGACAAACAUUUCUGGGUCCAAGGCUACACUCUGAUCUUGAAGGAUGUGGAGGACUGUGUGCCUGCCUUCCUGAGACACAUCGCUAACGACGUGUACGUCUGCGGCAAGACUAUCAACCUCCUCAAGAUCUGCUGCCCACAGGUUUGUGUUGAUCAUUAUAACACAGUCAUUUACAAGGGUGAAUGAUUUUAUGCUAAUGGAUCUUGUAUGAAGACAUAGAUGACGGAAAUAAUCACCUCGUCUUAAUUAUGUUCUUGACUUAUUCAGCACAGAGCGGCUGUUUUUUUUGUACGGAUUAUAUUCAGACUCAUAAAAAGUUGAUCAGAGAUUCUUCUGCCUUAUUUAUUCAGCCUUAUUUCACACCUAACAGCCUUCCAGUGUUCUGUUUUAGCUUAUAGAUGCACAGUUUGGCGCUGACAACCAGAGAUUGCACACGCACUCCACAAUUUUCUACUUGCUGCUACAAUCAUUCUGCCCAUUUAGGAAUCCAUACUGCCCAAAGGGAAUAGGACAAAUAGUCAAUACGAUGACAUACUGGGAUCCAGGCUCCAGCGAAAUGUCAUCAAUACUCUUUCAUCGGUAUUGUGAUGAAUUACCCUGUUGCAGAGAAGCAGCGGGUUUCUUUUAUAUUAUAUAUUUAUACAUUUGAACUCUGAACUCUUUUUUUUUUCCUCUGAGGAUUUAAAGCAGUCGAGUCCUGAAUAACAAGCAAACAUUGAUUAUGAACGUUUCCUUUCUUGUGACAGCACUGCCAUGAGAGUUUAUAUGAUGAACAGAUAAUGAAUUAAAAGGUCUAUCUACAAAAAAGCUAUCUUUAAUGGAUAUAUAUUUGGAGGUUGUGCUGUGUGUCAGAAAAAUUGGGACAUUUGAGGGCGAGCUUUUCAACUUUAGAUGUUAAAAUGAUCAUUUUUCUUUUAAUCCGUAGGUAUUUUAUAAACAACAUUUUUUUUAUAAUGUGCUUUAUUUCUGAUAUACAGUAUACCUCUAUCUGUUUAACUGAUAUUCUGUUUGGUCAAUCAGAAUGAAGAGGUAUCCACAGGCAAAAAAACUACAGUUCCUCAAGUGUCUUCUUCAGACUGGCUCCAAAAGCACAGGAAAACCCAUUGACCCUUAAUUUAAAAUGCUUAUUUAACAAGCAAAAUUGAAACAUGUUUUGACUUCAGUAGUUUUUAUUCAACUUAUUUGCACACAUUCCCCAUAAAAGGUUGGUAUUUAUAUAACCUUUGAAAACCUCAUUAAGAUAAAGAGCCGUACAAAGAAAUUGCAUGAUUAAGGACCGCUGAGUUGUUAUGUAUGUCGGUAUUUAGUCUUCAGAAAGCAGUGGGCGACAUCACUGAGACAUUGCCCGUGUUUCUAACAGUCUUUGAUCAGAAUAAACUGAAAAAUCUUCACCACUCUUUAUCAAAGUUUCAACUAACUUCUUUAAUUCACUUUAAUGGUUUGUCUGCGCAUUAUAAAGCGUAUUGUUAUUAUUAUAAAACUCAGCUGAAUAUAAUGUAAAUGAUAAAUUCUACAUUUCAGUAGAAAUACAAAUCCAAUGCUGGAGCGAUGCAUUGUGCUUAAAAGUUGAAUCAUUUUUUCAGCCUGCAGCUGCUGCCAAUAGGGAUUACCUUUACCAGAAAAAUUCUCCUCGAUGAAUAUUUGUCAUCUCACGAUAAAUGCUAUAAACGCAAGCUGAUGACGUAAGCGCGAAUGACGAACUCGCAGCCUCCACAUGAGGCUCCACAUGAGGGAUUUCUUUCAAGAUUGGAGUUUAGACAAGUGCUAUCAGGUAUGCCUGACAUCAGACAGUGGAUCUGCUGCUGUUCACUCUGUGCAAUAAGAGUUUUCAAUAAAUGUUGAAAGUGUUUUCAUAUUUCAGACUUGUUUUAUGUCGUUAGUUUUCUCCAUAACCUACCACUUAAACUUGUGGUUAAGUGUCUUAUUUGACGAUAACAACUAGUAUUUUUAAGACAGAUUGAGUCAAAAACAUGGAUUAUAUUAUUGUUAUUACAUUUUUUAUCGUGACUUUUAUAGUUAUCGCCAGGAUGGCAAAACUUAUCAUGAUAAAUUUUUUAGCCCAUAUCGCCCAUCUGUAGCUGCCAAUAGAUCUUCCUUGGAUUGACCUUUGGGUGAAUGGUCUUGUAAUGCACAGUAUGUGGUAGCUCCAGUGUGUACCAGAGUCGAUGGGCAGACUAGGCUUCUCUACAAUCCCUGAUGCCAUACUUAUAUGAGUGUGUGUGUGUGUGUGUGUUUUUGGUCAAGUUGUGUAAUGUUUUGUACAAUGAGUCAGAGAAGCACAAUAUACAUCUAAGUGCAGUCUAUUUAUCAGUGAUCUUUUUUCAGAUUUCCCGAUAUAAUGUAGUUUCUGUAUUGCACACUUGAUAUUAUCAGUGUAGAGUGAAAAUAAUAGAGUGAUUACUGACUCUAAUGCCUGUCCAGCAAAGUAGUUGUCAUGUCUAAAAACAGACUCCUAACUCAAUCUGAUGUGAGUAAGCUUCAUAUUACAGUUUUAACGGAGCCUGCUGUAUUUGCUGUCCUCACUGUCCUCUCUCUCUCUCUCUCUUUCUCUCUAACUCGCUCGCUGAUUCACCAGCAAAGAGUCUGUGUUGUGACUCGACCUAUCUGACCCAAUCUGCAGGGCCUGUGCUCCAGAUUAAUUUGUAUUCUGUUACUUCUGUCUUUCUCUGGAAAUUAAUUGCUAUUGGUGUUUGGAUUUACUGGACAAAUUGCAGGACGGCUGUGAACACAUCUGAGAUAAUAGAAUAAAAAUGAAAGGGGGACAAUUGAUUGUUGCUAAUGUGCUUAGUUGCUGAUAUGAUAUUUUAGUAAGAGUGGGAAAAAAAAACACUUGCUAAUUUAAUUAAUGAACACCCACAAUUACAGGCAAACCUGUUGAGUGUUUGAUAUGUAAGAACAAGAUGUCACUCAAAUAGAAACGUGGUCGUUAUUAAACACAAUCAGCCUCCUUUUUAACGUUGAUUCUUUGUUGAAUCUGUGUCCACAGCACUACAUCUGCUGGUCGGAGCUGCCGGUGCCUCGCAUCGCCGUCACAUUUUCCCUCCAGGAGGUGGAGGAGAUUGAGAAGGACUGUGCUGUGUACCGUGGACGCCUGGAAAGGAUUGCUAAGCACAGCGCCAUCAGCAGGGAGGAGCAGGUACUGAGACGCUCAAAUUGUCCGCAUACAUAAUGGUAGCAUCACAACUUUCUUACCUUUUUUUUCUCUGAAGGUAGGAAGGAAGGAAGGUCCUCACUGACGUAAAACUUGCUUUUUCCAUUCUUCACUCAAGUUCGUUAUUCAGCAGGUUAUUCAAGAUUCAAGCUUUUUAUUGUCAUAUACUGCAGUAUGUAAAUAUACACAGUCCACGGUGUAUCUUAAAAAAAAUUAAAAAAUAUAUAUAUUUUUAAAAGUAUACAAAAAAACACAAUGAAGAAAAGUAUAAUACAGUAGGAGAGGGUUUGUGUAUGUCUGCAUCUGCUAACCUUUAUGCCAACUUUAUCAAUGUAAAUUUAUUCAUGUUGUAUUAGUUAAAAUACAAUUUAAAUAAAAAUCAUGCGUAAAUAUAAAAGUAUUCCUUUUUAGACUAACCUUGAGUCUGUUUAAAGAGGAAAGGCGUGAAACAUGAAACCAUUUAAUUUGCAUUAUUUCUGCCAUCAGCUGGGAGACUUUUCAGAGUUUCUACCAGACAGAAAAAAAAGCUCCUCCCUGACGCUUUAAAAAGACAGAAUAAAAGCAUAACAGAUAAUAUUUGUCUGCAUUGUUACCCAUAAGCUGAUCAUGUAUACUGGCCGUUAUUGGCUGAUAAGAAUUAAUGUGUUAAAAAGUUUGAAACUUUUGCUCCACCGUUGAUGUGUCUUUGGUUUUCUUGCACUUAAUUGUUUACAUCAAGAGCUACUUUUUUCCACUGCAUAUAAUAUGUUUUGUUUUUAAACUGCAUAAAGAAUAUUUGAAACAUUAGUCAACAUGGAGCCGAGUAACUGUAGGUUAAGAUAAUAAAAUAAGUUAUUAAUGGUUAUGUAAAAACACAUACACUUUGCCUGUUAUUAGCAGUGAGGAUAAUCAUAUAAUGCUGCAUGGACCCUAUUUUAAUGUUGCACAAAAAAACUGCCCAAAAUCCGGCGUCACUGUUUCUGUGAUGGUCAUGUGAAAAGAACUUAUUUUCCUGGUUACUGCAGUUACCAGUCCAGCCUCAUGUAGUUAAGGAUUAGUUGGCUAAAGCAGCAAAACUAGCACUCACCUUGUUGAUAAGUUAACCCAAAUAUCAGCUCUAAUCUCAUAAAUUACUAAUAUUUGGUAUCAGUAUCGGCCCUGGAAAAUCCAUAUCAGUCGACCUUUUCUGUUUCUCCAGCGAGUCGUUAAAAUGUUGGAGCUGAAGUCAGACGUCUGCAGACGGCUUGAUUUAAUGUAACGACCUGAUUUGUAUUGCUUGUAUCUUGUGAGUGCUGAUGACUGGCAGAAGCGGGGGAAGAGGGUGAGGUGAGGUGAGUUGCAGGGUGGAUCUUUUGAUCUCUGUUAAUCACGAUUUCUUGUCUGUCUAUUGUCAGGCUCAGCGAGCAGAGCAGGCCCGCCAGGAGCUGAUCAAUCAGGUCAGGGAGUCAGCAGCCAAAACCCUGGAGAGCAUCCGUGGUUAGUGUUACACUAAGACACACACACACACACACAUUCACACACUCUCUCUCUUUCUCUCUCUAUAAGGGAAUAAUUUGAUGUAGCACUUAAUGUAUAUGCACACCCCCCUCUCUGUGUAUGCUUUUAACAAAUGACUCCACUCUGCUCUGCACUCAGUUGUUGACUCUUGACUGCAAGAGUUUCCUUUAGCUCCAUUUAUUCCUCUGAGGAGAGCAGAGAUGCUCAGGGGGCAACCACAGAGAGGAAUACUUUGUACAUCAUCCAGUAUUAUAUGCUCUGAAAUCCAAUCAUUGCUUGCAGAGAUUACUACUUCAAAAGAUUAGAAGCAAAGUUUGUCAGAGGAGGGGAAAGUUUGCCCUGUGCAUGUCUUAGCGGGAGCAUAUUUUUUUUUAUGUUGUUCAUGUUGUUUGUUGCGUCUGAGAUAGACAGAGGUGUCGUGCAUGUCUCUGUUUUGCGGGGGGUUAAGCAGCCGUCUGUUAUUUUUCUUUCUCAACCCCUGCAGGGAGGCAGGUGUCACAGCGUCUGGCUGAAGAGGCCAAGAAGAGGGAGCGCUUCGAGGAGCUGAAACAGCACCUGGAGCAGGAGCAAGAGGUGUUUAUGUAAAAAGCUGAGGGAAAGAGAGAAUCAAAUGUGUUGAGUAUGAUCAAGAGUCACAGGUUCAAGUUCAACAAGAGGAAUGUGUGUGAAAAUUAAGAAGUGAGGGUGUCUGUUAAAGAAAAGCUUUAUGAUUUUGAACAACCUGUGUGAAAAAAAUUAGUCUUUGAAUGCAAAGUACUUACUAUUUUUACAAGCCAGCUGUAUACUGUAUCUGUUUGCACCCAAGCAAUAAGAUUUAAAGCUUUUUCAGACGGCAUUAUAAUAGGCUAAACUGGCUGUAAGCUUCUUUAAGCCAAGGUGAGCUUAUGUUAAUAAGCAUUAAUGUUUACAAAAACAAUUAUAGCUGCUUUGUGUUUUGUUAAAAUCAAUUAGGAUUCUUACACAUCUAACAAAGAAGCUGGAGACAUUGAUAUGUGUGUGUGUGUGUGUUUGGUAACAGUGGCGAAGCGCUGCCAAGAAGAAACAGGAGGAGGAUGACUUCAGCUUCGCCAGAGAAGUGAGAGACAGAGAGAAAAGACUACAAGCCCUGGAGGAGCAGCUGGAGCAGAGAGCCAGGUCUGACUGAUUUCACAGCCGCUACUACAGAUGUAAAUGUUUUAUUGAUGACCGGUUUAUCUCUAUUUAGAUUUCAUUUGAUUAAGAAUUUACAAGCAUGAUUGGCCGUGACUUCCAUCUGCGCCAUUCACUGUUGUGAUUGCAGCCAAAUUUCAUGCUAUUGGUAGAACCACAUGAUGCCGCACAGCUUGCUCUAAAGUAAUCAGGGCCAGCGAUGCAAGCAUAGCAUAAGUAGAUUUCUGCAAAAUGACUGAAACUUUAGUUUGCUUGACAAAGUUUUCUUGGGUGUAACCACCAGCUCCCUAAAGCUUUGUAUCUAACCUUUUCUUUUUAGUGCACUGGUAUUGGUAUUUGUUUCUGAUUUUCAAGACUGAAUUCAUAAUAAUUAUCUACUCCCUUUACUCCAAUAGAAUUAGGAUGCUGUGUCAAAUGUUGAUAAAAGCAUAAUUUAAUCGAGAUGCAUCACCUCUUCAAUUGACAUCACUUAAUGUUUGAGAAAUCCAUAGGAUAUUAGCUACUCAUUGUUGAAGAAUCUCCUUUUUCAUUUUUUUGUUUCAUAAGAUCCCAAAAUGUUUUCAAUAGGGGGGAAGUCAAGACUGCAGCCAAGCCAGUGUAGCACCCAGCCAUGCCAUUGUAAUACACACAAAUGUGGUUUGGCAUGGUGUUGCUAGAAUAUGUUAGAUCUGCCCAGCAAAGGCACUUUCUGGAUGGCAGCAUGAGUUGUGCUGAAACCUGUCUAAAGCAUUGUAUGCCUUCCCAGAUGUGAGAGCUACCCACUGGCACUUGUACACUCACAUACCAUCAGGGGCGCCAGCUUUUAGAUUGUGCACAAGCUGAGCAGGCCAUCUUUUUAUUUCAGCAGCGUCCAUGAUUACUAAAAAGGAAGGCUAUAAUCAACCAAAGAAGUUCUUGGUCGACUAAAACCCUGAAAAUUUCGACCAAAAAUCGACUAAUCGACUCUGACGGCAAAGCAUUCUGCGGCUCGGCGAAGCGCGGCUCGUCCGGGUGACUGAUAUCAGCACAAGAAGGCAGUUAAACACAAAAGGAAAGUUGAAACGCUCAAAAUAAAGAUAAAUAUUCGGCCAAACGACCGUACGUUGAUUAACCUGGACGCUCUUCAAUACCCCGUCUCCAGCCGGUCUUCAGUGGGUUGGGCGAAUCCAAAUUAGUGAAAAUAAGGGGGGUGUUCUGAGACAGGCUGUUACCGGUCAAACGGGGGGUACUCUAGAAACACCCCCAUUAGCAAUUGGUACGUUCCUCCUGAUGAAAUUAACCAUAGACUGUUAGUUGACGCGAAAAAAAAAUCGAGUCGACCAAUGAGAAUUUUGGCCGAGUCAGCACGUAUCGACCAAUAAGUCGACCAGUCGACUAGGAAUUUUUCAGCUCUGUUGGAAAGAAUGCCAAAUUUUGACCUAAUGCAACCGAGGAUGGUUUCCUACAUCAUCUUAUUUAGGCUCAGAGAUUUCUCUAUCAGUGAUCAUUUUGUUCUCUGCAAUCUUAUACCGAGGAACAUUGUUCUGGAAUCACUGAACUAUUUCAUCGGUCUCUCACAGAGUGAUGGACCUAUUCUUGUCUUUUCACCUUGUCUCGAUCGAAAACACAAUUAACAUACUAAUAAAUAGUUAUGGUAUGAUACUUGAGGCUUUGAUCGACAUUAACUGUUCUUUGACAAGCGUUUAUUAUGUAAGACUCUGGAGAAAACCCUCAGCUAAAUAACUUGAGAACUUGUCACUUGACUCACAUUUUAGGAAGGAGCUGAUUGCUCAGUACAGCCAUCUGUCGGAGGAGGCAGCUCGGAGAGAAAGACGAGCCAUGUGGCGGGUACAGCGUAUGAGACUUGACGAAGCCCGGGAACAGUUCUUUGUGCACGACAGGCAGCAAACCCAGGUUGGUCUUAAAUCGUGAAUUAGCAUUGGAGAGCAGACACAGAGGACAAACGUAAAAUAAGUUGUAAUUAUUUCAUAAAAAAGAGGAAAUACUAAGAAAGUCCUCAUCAUUUCUUUCCAGGCAAUGCUGGAGAAAUAUCCUUUAGGCCAGAAGAGACCUCCCAUGGAAGUGCUACCAUCUGUUCUAUCAGCACAACAGACUGCACCACAGCCAAUACUGGUAUGAAAACACGCUGGUUUUCAACAUUCAGCCCCAUUUCUCCCUGUUUCAUCAUGUUCUGAGGAGUAAACUGUAAACGUUCUCGUUUUUAUUCAUGUCUUUACAUUAAUCUUCCUCCCAGGAUUCACGGAACCAACGGCCAGCAGAGACAGAAGAACCUAAUGCUGUAUCACCACGACCUCCCCCAUCUCCAUCUUUGCCCCAACUGACAGUAGACCCCGGCCUCAUCUCAGAGGACAUAGACAUAACUGAUUUCCUUCCGAGGCCGCCAAACCCUGACAACCAAGAGGUGGAUGUGGCCUUACAGGAGAUAGGAUCUGAUCUACCAGAUGUCUGUCCCACAUCACAGUUGGUAGACUAUGACUUCAGUGCCCCCUUUAGUCCACUUGAGGGUAUCAAUGUUCAAGCCUCUGCCCAGCCUAGACCUCACUGGGGGCCUGCAGUCCAGCCUGACCACCCUUCUUUUUCUCACAUCCCAGUUGGAGAGAACAUGUCUCAAGUUCAGGAAAGUGUCCCCAAAGCCAACCCCUUUGGACAAGCCACCAAAUCUAGCUUCCCACUGGGCCAGUACACCUUAGAAGAGGCUCAGAGUACAUGUAAAGCAAAUAUUUAUGGACAAUCCUCUGAAGCCUCAGUGCAGCUAGAUGAUGGUGGCUCCAAGACAGGCAACAAGCAGGUGGGAGUCGCAUCUGAAACAAGGAUCUUGGAAAGUAGAGUUGAAGAGAAUGAAGAGAAAAAUACCAAAGAAGAUGUAGUUGCUAUCAGACCACCUGGUGGAGCAUCAGACAUUGCUGCCACUCAAUCUUCAGCGAGCACCCCAGGACAUUCCUCUGACGCUCACAUGAAGGUCGGACAGUUUGUCUCAGAGGUAACUCCUCCUCUUCCUUCUCCCAGCACUCAUGGUCAUUCUUCAGAUUCACACAUUAAGAUUGGAGAACAUGUUUCGGAGGUGAACGCACCUCUACCGUGCCCCAGUGUUCACGGUCACUCCUCUGAUGCUCACAUUAGAGUUGGAGAAAACGUUUCCGAUUUUGUCUCCCCGCUCCCCACCCCAAACAUCCACGGUCACGCCUCAGAUUCCCACAUCAGAGUUGGCGAGCACGUCUCAGAUGUAGCCGCCCCUCUUUCCUCUCCUAGUGUUCAUGGUCACAGCUCAGAUUCCCACUUUAAAGUUGGAGAAAAUAUCUCAGAUGUUGCCACACCACUCCCUGUGCCUAGCAUCCACGGCCACUCCUCUGAUGCUAAUAUAAAAGUAGGCGAGUUCGUGUCCAACGUACCUGAAGAAAGACCUCGUUGGAGCAAACACGGACACGCCUCUGACUGCAUCCUUCAACCGGGCUGUGUGGUGUCAGGAAAUGAGCCCAGUUUGUCUGCUCUCCCAGGCAGCUCUUACGGUCAUUCCUCAGACUCAACUUUGGGUGGUGGAUGUUUAGUUUCUGGACAAGAACCCAAACGCUCUCCUCUACCUGGCAGCACUUAUGGACACUCAUCAGACUCAAAUCUAGGCACUGGAUGCGUUGUGUCCAAAGCUGAAUCCCUUCCAUCACCGCUUCCAGGAAGUGCCUAUGGCCACUCUUCAGACUCCACGCUGGGGGUUGGUUGUGUGGUGUUGGGGAUGAACCCCCAAGUCUCCGCACUUCCGGGGAGCGCUUACGGCCACUCGUCAGAUUCCUCUCUUGGAGUCGGGUGCGUUGUGAAAAGCAAAAGCACUGAAAUUCAGCAAAAGACAGAACGGGAUGAAGAUGCUAAAGGUAUGGAAUAGUAUGUUCUUUUGUUUGUUUACUCAGGAAGUUAUGGAAAAAUACAAAGAGAGUGUUUGGAGCAAUAGAGGAAUUAAAGAUUUAAAGAGAUGAAGAUUUGGAACAAACUGUCACAGGAAGCCUUGAUUGUUGUUUGGUAUAUUCUUAUAUAGGAUGCAGAUAAUUAAGAACAAAUUAGGAGUAAAAUAUUUUCAGAUAUGAGAAGUUUUACUUCUUUUAAGAUCUUCGUGUUCUUUCUUAUGUUAAAAUGUUGUUUAAAAAACUUGCUCCAGGUGCUGAUUUGGACAGCCCAGGUGAGCAGCUGGCUGAGGGUAUGUGGUCCUCGACAGCUGGCUUUGGUUUGUCCCCUGGAGAAAGGUUUGAGCGGGAGUACCUCCAGGCUUUGUCUGAACAGUACCAGGUGGAACACUACGAAGACUGCUAUAACCUAAUGGGUGAGUUGAAAACGGAUCACAGGACCAUUCAUCUUUGGUGGUAGUUCCUGCAGGCAUAAGCACUUUCUGAAACGCUAGGAGGAAGUCAGGCUAUAGGUCACAGUUUAGGACAAGAUUUUGUUGAGUUUAUGAAAAGACGAUUUUAGGGAGGAGUUGAGUUCAGUUUUUGUGGACACAGAGGCAAGACCGGAGCAGAUUCAAGUUUACAUGGAGCUCAAUGUUUGAUAUCAGCCACACUAUUGGACCAAGAAAAAAGAUAAUUUCUUGACAGACAUCAAAACAAAAAUAUUCAGGGUUCCUACAUAAGUAUGGAAAAGUAUGGAAGUAAUUUGAUAAAUUUCCAGGUCUUAGAAAGUAUAGUAAAUUAAAAAUAAAGCAUGGAAAAAUAUUUAUGUCAACAGACUAUAUUACCACAGUUAUAAAAUACUGUUUUCUAAAAUAGAAAGUAGAUAUUUCCUAAAAUAACUCUAAAAAGUAGGGUAUGGAAAAGUAUGGAAAUUCCAUCUGUGUAGGAAUCCUGUAUUAUACUUUCAUAAGCAUUAAGAAAAUGAGUGACAGAUCAGUUAGUUUGAAAAUAGAAGUGGAUCCAAAACAGGACCUUGAGGUACUCUCUUCAUUUCAUCUGACUAAAAUUUAUGUUAAGAAUUGUGAUUGAAUAAACCUUUAUGAACUGUAUCUGUUUUGCUACAACAAACUUAGAUCUGGGGAGAUUAGAUCCACUUCAUCUUAAGAGUACAUGUUUUGUAUUACUUGGUGGGUUGGCUGUGUAUAAGUUAGCUUUACUUGAAAACAGGCUUUUUUUAUAGCACAACGCAAGAACACAAUCAUUGUUUUGUUGUGAUAAAUAACCAUUUUUGAAUCACACAAUAAAUAGAUUAAAUUGGUUUUCUUUCUUUUGCUCGUUGGUCAUUUUAUGACAAAUGACCAAAUGUCGUGCAACAGCUCCAAUAUUAAAGUUCAGCCAAGAUUACUUGCCUUUUCUUGUGGACAGAGAUUAGAUGAGACUCAACAUCUGGGGCACAUAAAACAAGUCCCAACCACUUAUUAUAUCGACAAAAAGAUUUAUAGCCAACGGUGCAUUUCUAGGGAAUAAAAUGGACUCCCCUCAUCUGCCGGUUAUAGAGUCUGAAGUUUUUACAUUGAAGAAGUAGUCUCAAGUUUUGGAUGUGAAAAAUUGCACACAUGUUUACACUAAAGAUUGUUCAGUAUGUGCAUCCUGUUUACCCCUGAUCUCCCCCAAACAAACUAAUGAGAAAUGAAACACCUUUGGAAACACAGCAAAACAUGGUGUCAGAAUGCAUGAAUGAAAAUGAUACACCUUUCAGCUUGGCGGAGCUUAUUUCAUGUAAAUUAAAACAUGUUCAGAAGUGAUGCAUUUCCAGCGGCUGUUAAAUAUUUACUCCCUCAGCAGGCACGGGGGUUGCAUAAAAAGCAGCGAUAUUUCAUAAGGGCAUUAAGUCGAGUGUAUUUUUUUGUGUAGGGUGCAUCAUGGCAUGCCUAAGUAAUACCUUGUCUAUUUUUCCUCGUCUGCGUUUGUAGUUCAGUCAUGUUGUUAUUCAUGCCAGCUUUCAGGGUCUCCAUGAAAUCUAUCAGAAUCUAGUCAUCCAAAUGCAUCUUCCACACUACUGAUCAAAGUCGGGAGCUCUAAUUAUUUACAGAAUGCAAAAUUAUAUAGAGAGGGAGGAAGGAAUUAAUGAAACAGCUUAAUAAAUAGUGUCACGAAAUCAAAUCACUCUGCAGUGAACAGUGGCAGUAGUUGUAGCUCUUGUGUUUUAUUGCUGAUGUGGAUGUUUGAUAGAUGUUUUGAUUAAUAAGUUUUAUGUUUGAGUCAUAGACUGUAUAUAGAAUAGACGCCGUCUGCCUCCCUGCUGGGUGAAGCCUCCGUGAGAACAGCACCUUCUGGUGACGGGCUGCAGUAUAGGUCAUAAAUCCCGCCUCGAAAUCAUGAAAUUAAUUACACUGAAUAUAAAUUUUUCUUCCUCCCUGGUUGUGAUGUUGACAUGUAGUUUCAGUGAGACUGGUUUGUGUUUAAGUCCUCUUUUUUCUGUGCAGCUCUGUUUUUAAAAGUUAUUAGGGAGUUCAUGUUUUCUAUGAUUGACACUUGAUACAGCCUAUGGGCGUACGAAGAUUGAGUAGCUCACCCGGGGGAUACGCUGUUUAAGCCGAGCGUCAUCACAGAGACUAUCUGCGACUCUCCCCCUGGAUGUUGGUUUCAAGAAGUGGAGAAAAAAACGCAUAAAUACCGAGAGCUUUUCGGCUUUUUAAUCCGUGUACUGGCAGAAGGCGAAACCAAGUUGUCCAUAGUAUAUACAGUCUAUGGUUUGAGUUCACUUAUUGUAAUGCCAUGUUUUGUCUUUCAAAAGUAGCAAUUUAGUGUCAGAAAAGUGUCUAAAAUGAAUCAAGACUCUAUUUUUAUUCAUGAGGUAUUUGAGCUCUGCUUUUUUUAUUUCACCAAAGAGAUAAUCUUGGAUGAAUAUUUCACUUUUUUUUCCUUUUUGUCACUUUUUUUUUAACACAACACUGUUUUCUGCAGUUGUUAAGGGGAUAUUUGUUCACCCACUCGUCUGCCAUCUCCCUCUCAAACAGCUUCAUCCCCUGAGUGCCAGCUGCUGAAGCAGGUAACUCGCGGCCCCUGGGGUCUCCCCAUGGACCCCACGCUCCGGAGAGCCACAGACACCACUGCGGUCCAACUCAGCGAGAUGGUCUCUUUGCCAGUUCUGAUCAAACACUCUGUCACCGCCCCGCUCAUCACACAGUGAGUGUCCCGCUGACAGGAAGCUGCUGGAGGAGAGGGUCUGUUUUGUGUUGGUUUUAAACAUCACACGAGUGAGCACAUUUAAAGUUAUCUCUGUGGAAGAUUGGUCUGGAACCACGAAACCUCUGUAAUGAUAAAAAGAAAAAUACAGGUUUGAGGGUUUAACAAAUCUUUUGUCGUUUUUCUGCUACAUCAGGCAACUUAAAUUGUGUUUGAGUGCACAUUCUUCACAGGAGGAAUAAUUUAAACUCUUAUUACCUUUCAUUUUUGUUGGAUCCCUUUUCUAUUUGAAAUUCCAUCAGAACUUCAGACAAGCCUGUCACUCUCUGCCUACAAUGUUUCUGCACAGUGUGCAGUUUAACCUGCGUAAAGAAAUGGCUUUCUAAUCCCAUCCUGCACAAAGAUAGGAUGUAGUAUAUUUAGCAUUGGGAGCCAAAGCUCUACGUUUUUAUCGAAACCUUUGUAUGCCAUACUUAGAUGAUGCAAUGGAAUUUACCCUGAGAUUUUUUAUAUAUUUUUAACAUUUCCCUGCUGGCUUUUCAGAUUAAGUGAACCUUUACUAAGUCCCACUGUGUCAUGAAUGUGAACUGCUCACAAAUGGUUUAAGAAAAGGAGGAAAUUGUGUUUUAAAGUGAAAAAUCAUGUGUCAGCAUCACAUCUGUCCCCAUUUUGGACAAUUUUGGCAUCCCCGUGUUGUCUUCUAACUUUGGUCGUUCUCUCUUCCACCUUACGUCUCCAGCGUGUCUUUGGUCAACAAGGCAGUGGUGGACUACUUCUUUGUGGAGUUGGGGGUGGAGAGACAUUUCGAGGCCCUGCGCCACUUCUUGCUGAUGGAAGACGGGGAGUUCGCUCAGUCCCUCAGCGAUUUACUCUUUGAAAAGGUGAGGCUGCUUCAAUAUCACUCAAAUGAUUGAUAUGUGGUAAUUUUCUUCAGUGAGGUAUCCUCUUGGAGGCAUCAUUACAGGAUCAGAUGCAGAGCUGUUUUUAAUACAUGAUAAUUUUAAACCAGUUUUCCCACUAAUGAGCACUGCAGGUAUUUAAUGUGUUCAGCUUUUAGCCAGUGAAACACACCUCUGUGCUCGACUUGACAACUCAGGAAGAAAAUAAAGCAGCGCUGUUGUGAAACAUGCAAUUGAAAUGGAUCCAUGGAUCCCUCUAAAAGCUGCUUUUAUCAGUAUGUUAUAGAAGUAAUGGACUAAAUGACAACGUGUAACACAGCAGAGGUUUCUUAUCUUUACAAACUCACAGAGUAUUACAUCUGUAACCUUGCCGUCCCAUUCAAACUAAUGGAGCUUUUCAUUGCCCUCAGACUCAUUGAUUUGGUUAACAGUCUGUAGUUUUACUGUUUUUCUUCACUCACUCGCUCGGCUCUGAGGGACAUUAUUUUUACAAGUGCAGGACGCAGCUAUUUAUUCAUAUUUCAUAUUCAUAUGACAAACAUUAACCUGUUAACACAGAGAAGAUACAAACAGCUAAACUUCAUUCAAAUGAUAUUUUAGACCUUUCUGGGAAUGUCGGUUGUAUUUCCUUCUUUUUUGCUCUCUUUUUGGUCACCACCACCUUUUAAAAAUUUUAUGUGACCCCACCUCUUAAGGCUCAUUUAUGCUCAACGUUACAUACGGAUCCAGAUACAGACGGAGCUCUCCAUCCGUGCUUCGCGUUCUUUUUGUCCGUAUUUCUGCACAUAUCCUUGAAGUUUACGGAUACGGCCAGACAGAGCAGUACCAACGAAAACCAUAGGGGGCAGUGUUGCUGCUGUCACUACCAUAGACUGUAUAUAGAAUGGACACCAUCUGCCUCCUCGCUGGGUGAAGCCUCAGCGAGAACAGCACCCUCUGGUGACAGGCUGCAGUAUAGGUCAUAAAUCGCGCCUCUUCCAGCAAUCCCUAUGGAGCUGUGGACAAACUUUAGAAAUUUAUUACACUGAAUAAAUUUUUUCUCCCCCCCGCUUGCGAUGUUGACAUGUAGUUACUGUAAGACUGGUUGGUGCUCAAGUCUUUUUUUUUGUCCAGCUCCAUUUUUAAAAAUUAUUAGGGGGCUCAUGUUUUCUAUGAUUGACACCUGAUACAGCCAUAUACUGGCAGAAGGCGGACCCAAGUUGUCCAUAGUAUAUACAGUCUAUGGUCACAUCCUGAUAUGCACCUUUAGAGAGAAUUGAAGAAGACAAUGGCGCGGCUUUAUGAGGAAAGGUUGUGCGAAAACUAGAGAAAAGAAUUCUCCGUCCUCAAAUCGCGAGGCAUUCAGUGGCCUGACCGACCACCACCUCCUCCAACCCUGCCUCCGUUUCUGUCUCCUAUGCAAAAAAUACAUUAUCACUAAACCCCAUCCACAGUCGCCAUAUAUCCUCUUGUUUGUUGUCAUCAGAAAUGUUUGACUCCGGCCUGCCCCCUGGUGGACGUAAUGGCUAACAUCCAUGCCAACUUAAAGGACACAUGGAAGUAUGUGGGCAGUGACGGAACCAUCGUUUGAAACUGACGCGUACAUUUUCAUAUGUAUGGCGAGCAUAACUGAGCCUAACUAAUCAGGAAUCAGGUUAACUAAUCAGGAAGCUUUUCUAAUAUCUAGAAAUUGGCGUAAUGUGAGUCUAUACAGCUUUAUGAACUGAAAACUGUCAGUAUGAUAGCUAAGAGUAAAAUAAACAAAACAUUUCAGGUAUCUUCCAUCACACUGUGUUUCUCUCAUUUUCAUUUCUCACAUCGGUCUUCAGAUUUCCACUCUACCUCUCUAAACUUUGAAGUCUUUUUUUUUUCGUUGUCUCAUGUCUCCCUGUGCUUGUUUUUAGCACAUAAUGCCUCACUUCCAGAUUCCUUCACUCCUCCUGUCAAGCCUGAGCUUCCUGGCGUGAAAUAACAAGCGCAGCCUCUGCUAACACCUUGGUGCUGUUGUGCAGAAACAUUCACAUGUACAUCUGUCUCCCGAGGCCCAUGAGACAGACGGUUUUUGUUCCAGCCAAACACUCCACCAGCUGAUUCCACUGAUUAGCACACCUCCAACCGGAAAGCGAGCUAAUCAUUGUAAUCAGCUACCCGGGGUGUUUGUUUGCUAUGAAAAUGUUCACGGCAAAUUUGAAACAACAGGUGCACAAGACGGGGUAGUUUGCCGUGUUUGACUUUGUGUAUUUAACAAACUGGCGUGUCCUCCGCACAGUUGGGCAGCGGACAGACCCCCGGCGAGCUGCUGACCCCCCUGGUCCUGAACUCCAUCCUCAGCAAAGCUCUACAGUACAGCUUACACGGAGACACCCCCUUAGCCGGCAACUUCACCUUCGCCCUGCGCUUCCUCCCGGAGACCUUCCACCCACACGCCCCGGACUCCCUCAACUGUCUGGAGCUGCGCUACAAGGUGAGGGAGUGUCUUUUUAACUGAGUGACUAACACAGUGUGUACACUCGGCAUGAGCAGCAGCUUGAAUAUGACAACCUGUCGUGUUUUGACAAACCGCUCUGGGUGUGGAAAAUUAGCUUAUCAUACACUUAAAAUUGUUGAGCCUCCCAGAUUGAUCGGAGUGGGGUCUUUGGGCUGACAUGCACGGUGACUAAUGCUGCAUCGAUUGUCCUCCUCUCUUGUUCUCCACCCCCAUGACUGCUCCUUCUCCUGCUCAACCUUUCCUGAAACUCUCUCCUUCUUCUUUAUCUCCCGCCUCAUGUUUUUAUCUUUCUCUGUUUCCUCCCCAUAUGUCUUUUCCUCAUUCUUCUCCUACCCCUCCCAUCUUUCACCACUCCAUCUUCCCUCCACGUUCCUCUCACCUCCUUUAUCAACGUCUCUGCACUCACACCUCCCCCUCCCCUCCUCUCCACCUCAUCUGUCACUCUUCCUUUACCUGUUUUCCCAACUUUCUUUCACACUCCUCCUCACACCUCCCCUCACUACUUAUUUAUUUCUCUUGCCUCUGUGUGCCUGUCUCCUUUUUUUUCCUGCGUGUGAUCUCCCAGGUGGACUGGCCGCUGAACAUCAUCAUCACGGACAGCUGCAUGAACAAGUACAACCGUCUGUUCUCCUUCCUGCUGCAGCUCAAACACAUGGUGUGGAGCCUCCGCGAGGUCUGGUUCCACCUCAAGAGAACAGGUGAGAGCUUUUGAUGCCGGCCCAGCUCAGACUCCACCUUCUCCUCCCUGAGGGAAGAGUUAAGAUUUCCACUAUCAUGCUUCAAGUGUUUAUGAAAUAUUGAUAAAGGGAAAUGCUGCGAGUUCUUCAUGUUUUAUUUAUACAAUACACAUCUAAUACAAGUGGGAUUAUGUGAAACAGUGUCCCGGUAAGAUCGUAUUGAUCGGCUGGAGCCUGAGUACACGGGUUGAUAUCCCAAGGUGUAAACAGAGUAUUAAGAUAUUAAAGAGAUGUAAAUUAAAACCUGUUAAACGUUGAUAUAUCAAACCACGAAGGACAGUGUUUUAAUUCAGGGCUCAAAAGGUAUUUUUAAGGGAUUAGACCAGACUAAUUUGACAGCUCUUAAUGUAAAAGGAUUGGCCAAGCUCUGUUGAAAGCGUUUGUUCGAUAAUAAUUGUGAAACUGAUUUUGUACGAGGAAGUCAGCCUUUCGCCUGCGAGUGUCAGCUCUGACUUCUCCGCCACCUCGUGUCCCCUUCAGCUCUGGUUAAAGGUGCCGGCCGCUCGGUGCAGUUCCGUCAGCUGCAGCUCUACAGACACGAAAUGCAGCACUUUGUGAAGGUGAUACAGGGAUACAUCGCCAACCAGAUCCUGCAAGUAUCCUGGAGCGAGUUCACAGCUAAGCUGGCCGCCGCCAAUGACCUGGAUGCCAUCCACCGCACGCACGCAGACUACCUCAACAGAGCCAUCUUCAGGUGAGAGCUGGAAGUGGACACAUGGUAAACCGGUAUUGCAAUAUACUGUAAAAUAGUUCUUUUCUAAUACAAUACAUUUGGACUCUCCUGAGUUUGGAUGAAAGCUGCUCUAAGUGUGAAGUGUUACCAGCUCUAGGCAGUGAUGAAAUAAUCUCUAAACCUUGAACAUAAUGAGCAUUAAUGCUUAAACUUGACCUGGGAGGCAGUUCCUGUGGUUGUGAUUCCAAACACUGCUAUGAUCAAUAGUUUCAAAACACUGUAAAUGUCAAAUAUCUCAAACAGAUGUCUGAAGAGUCUACUUAUGAGAUUUUAACUCAUCUCAAACUUUGCUCAGAGUGCUCUGUUAAUAUUUAUGUUCUCUUGGUACCACAGAUUUAUUUAUAUUCAUGGCAUUUAAUGUCUGCGGCUUCUGAUUUAUUCAACAUAAACUCAGUCAAAAACAAAGCACAAAUACCACAUUAGACUCACAUUGAUACAGUUUAAGUAAAAGUGAACUUGUUGUUGGCUUGAUUUGAGCUUUUAGGCCUUUACUCAGAGAGGACAGGUCAGGAAGGAAGUGACAUGCAAGAAAAGAGCCACAGGCUCAUCUGCCCGCUUCAGGACUAUUGCCUCUGUACAUGAGGAACAUAACUUAAUACAUAACAUAAUACAUAAUACAGAACAUGACAGGUGAGGGACAACAAAUUAAGAAACAGAUGAGGGAGACAAGAAAAGACAAGACAGACACAAGCUAGGAUAACAAUCUAACUUUGUGUGUUUGAGUGUGUGUGUGUGUGUGUGUGUGUGUGUGUGUGUGUGUGUGUGUGUGUGUGUGUGUGUGUGUGUGUGUGUGUGUGUGUGUGUGUGUGUCUAUAUAUGAGUGUUUGUUUUGAGGAGUUAUAUGAAACAGAUAACAUUUGAAAAUAAUAAUACAAACUGAUAAAAGCAAAAAGAAUAAUGCGACAAAACAAAGGGACAAAGCAAAAACUAAAUCAAUGAAAUUAAGAAAGAAAAAAAUUAAAUAAAUAUAGAUAUACUGUUGAUAUAGAUAUAGAUAUAGAUAGACACAGAUACAACUCUUUUUUUUUUUUAAUUUCCUUCCUCUUUUCUCUCUCUCUUUUCCCCUCCUCUUUCUUCCUCUCCCCUUUUUCUCCUUCCCCCUCCUCCUUCAUCUUAUUGUUGCCAACACUUCUGACCACUCCUAAGGGUCAGGGGGUCGACUGAGGGAGGGCAAUCUUUAUUCACGUACCAACUGAGCCUCCCACAGUAAUAAUAAAGGGUUUCCUGAGGGGGGGAGUGGCCAGAAGCAUGGGGCACAGAACUUAAAAAUGAGGCCAAACCAGGGUUGUUAUUUUGUGUAGGAAUAGUGGUAUUAGAAUUAUUGCACCCCCUAAAUAUUUCCAACUUAAGGAACUAUUUUGAAACUACAAAAUCAAAUAAUAGGUGGUGGCAAGUAAUAUAUUCAUGGGUCAUUAGUUGCUGGUUUCUCAGUUUUUUGUUUCUGUAAAUCGAUGAAGUUUGGAUUUUUGACUGUGGGCAUGAAAAAACAACAAUUUACACCCACAUGAUGUCAGGUCGCAUAAUAAAAAUACACAAAAAUAACUUCUCUCCUUUCUGUACAGGCAAAGCAAUUUGGGGUUGUCACACUGUGCACACAUAAUUACAUGUAAAAUUAAUUCAACCUCCUCGUCACGAGUUAAUUAAAAUUCGGGUUGUGUGCGAGGCCGGCGUUUGAACCUGAUGAAUGAUUUAGUCUCAUUAGGUAGACUUGUCAAGGAUCACAUUUUCCCGUGUAUUAUUCCGAACCUUUCUUUAAAGUCAUUACAAAGUUCCUAGUCAUGAUCUGUAGACUUUGCUCUCUCUGCCUCCUCAGGGCUUUGCUGACAGAAAAAGCAGCUCCCGUCAUGAACAUCAUCCACAGCAUCUUCAGCUUGAUCCUCAAGUUCAGGGCCCAGCUGAUUGCACAGCCCUGGAACAACCAGCAGGGGGAGGCAGUGCACCCUAGCUUCAUCGCUAUGCAGCAGUCCUACAAUACCUUCAAGUAUUACUCCCACUUUCUCUUCAAAGGUGAGUGUGGAUCAUUUACUCAAACUUUAAAAGAUAUUAAUUUAUAUUUUUCACUACAGAUAGAAGCUCUAGCUUAACUUUGCACAGUCAUGUUGUACAGAACCUGUGCGGUGUUGUGGAUUCAAUCAGUUAGCAUAUCAGCUAGGGGCUUCUCGAUGUAAUAGUUAAUCCUGCAUGCAGAAAGUCCCAGUGUAAGUCUGUAUGAGGACAAAAUAAUUGAUAUAUGAUAUAAAAUAGGGCCUUUGUAACAGAAAAAGCAUUUAUUAUAACUGUAGUUAAGUAAAGUAGUGAAGUAACUGAAGAAACUUUUUGGUCUGGCUUUCAGUUCAAUUUUGUCUUAAUCUUUUAAUCUGAAUUAUGUGAUUUUACCCUAUUUUAGUCCUAGAGUAACUAUUUUGUGUUUUAUUACCUCUUUUUUGGUUUACUUUCUAUUGUUAGAUUUUAAAACUGUUUUAUUUAACUUUAAACGCUUUACCACCUUUAUUAUAUUUUAUCAUGGUUUUACCGUUUUAGUCCUAGAUCCAGUUUGUCCUCAUUUCUUUUAACUCAAGAUAGCGUUUCCUUAGUCAUUUAUGGCAAGUUGAAGAGUCCCCGCCUGGUCUUUUGUGUAUGCAUCUGUGUGUGUGAGUGCUGUAUGUGUUGAAUGGGGGUUGGGAGGGUCGGUGGGGUUUGGUAAUUGUAUCGCUAUUUCUAUUAUUUCAUUGUUUUUAAUAUCCUGCUUGAAUGGAAAUCACUUUGUGCUACAUUAUAUGUAUGAAAAGUGCUUUAAAAAUAAAGUUUGAUUGAUUCAUUGAUUCAUUGAUGUUUCUCUCUUUCUCCAACAGUGGUGACCAAACUCGUCAACCGUGGAUACCAGCCUCAUUUAGAGGAUUUCCUGCUACGUAUCAACUUUAACAACUACUACAAAGACUCCUGAGCGAGCGCUGCUCUAAGACUGAUCUAACACAUUUAACACAGGCCACUUACAAGAUGCUUACUCAAUGCAUCAUUGUGUACCAUCAACGCUUGUGUUUGUAAAAUCUCCCAAAUAUAUCAUUUCCCAGAUGAUGGUUAAUCACACAUGAAAAAAGGUGUAUUUUUUUUUAAAAUAAAAUUACAUUUAAAAAAGGUUAGAAACCCCACCUAUGCUGUAUGCUGUUUGCUGUAUGUCUGGAUAUGGAUUCUACAUUAAGAGCCGUUAAGGUAAUCAAUGUGCAAAACUAUCGCUACAUGUCUGUGUGCUUUGAAAUCUGCUUGACUGCAGCACUUUUUCCGCUCAGGUAUGCAAGUGCAAUGAAGCUGAUGCCUGCUCCACUUAUUUAAAAACAUAUGAAUGACAUGAAUGAUAUGUAAAUAAAAAAGCUAAAUGUUUUCUAAAACAA